AUGGAACCCGAAUCACAAGAAGACGAAAAAAUAUGGAGAUAUCUGACCGAAUACUUUCGGAGGAUCAUGGACUUCCCGGAUACGAGCCCUUAUGUGCCAGAACGCUUCUGGAAAAAGCGAAUUGACAACAGGAAGAAGCUUAAAGAAACCUCAAGCACCGGAGACCGAUCGAUCCGUUAA